CACCAGUCACUCCUUACCAUAACCAUCACCAUGGUCGCCUUCUCUUCCCUCGUUCUCGCCUUGUCGGCAGCCUCCAGCGCCCUCGCCGCUCCCGGUAACCGCGCCUACAUCGACAUGGCCAAGCGCAGCCUCACCUCCUCCGCUGAGGGUACCAGCGAUGGCUACUUCUACUCCUUCUGGACCAACGGUGGCGGUGAUGUGACCUACACCAACGGUGACGCCGGCGAAUACACCGUUGAGUGGACUGACUGCGGCGACUUCGUGGCUGGCAAGGGCUGGGACCCUGCUGAUGCCCAGACCGUCACCUACAGCGGAACCUGGGAGACCAACGCCAACGCCUACCUCUCCGUCUACGGCUGGACCACCUCCCCUCUGGUCGAAUUCUACAUCGUCGAGAAGUACGGCGACUACAACCCCUCCUCGGGCCUGACCGAGCUCGGCACCGUCGAGAGUGACGACGGCACCUACAAGAUCUACCAGACCACCCGCGAGAACCAGCCCUCCGUCGAAGGCACUGCCACCUUCAAGCAGUACUGGUCUGUCCGCGAGUCCGGCCGUAUCGGCGGUACCGUCACCACCCAGAACCACUUCGAUGCUUGGGAGAAAUUGGGUCUGGAGCUUGGUACCCCCAACUACAUGAUUGUUGCGACUGAGGGUUAUGAGAGCAGCGGGUCUGCUACUAUCACUGUUGAGACUGCGGCUGAUGCUACCUCCCACUCGACUGUUGUGGCCGAGGAGGAGGAGGACUGCUAG